AUGAAUCGAAAUGCUGAUGGGACAGCGACUCAGUCGUGGUCCGACAUUGUCAGAAGGGGUAGGGAGAUGACAAUCCCAUCGAUUUUGACUCGCCAACGUGAAGAAAAACCGAAUGUCAAAACUAUCACCAAGAUAGUUUACGAAGCAGAAGGCUUCGAAAACGAACGCCGAGCCCACCAAGCGGCUGCCAUUAUCAAGAGAGCCUUGCACCCGAAUACGGUGCUGUUUGAAAUCGAGGCCGCAAACCUCAGCAAAGAUGAUGUCUACGACUUGAUCACAAAAGAGAUUGGCGAAGCUACAGGCUUCCGCCCAAUUAGUGAAUACAGAG